CGGCGGGGUCGGGGGAGGGGGCCGCAUGGCCUGCCCGCCCGGCCCCUUUGCCCACGCGCCUCGGCUUUGGCUGCCCCGCGAGUGCGGCGCCGCGGCUCCUGCUGCUGCUCCGGCUCCUCCAGCGCCUCUGCUGCCUCCGCGGUCCGCAUGGAGCCCGACGCCGCCCAGCCCGGCCUGGCCUCUCCGCCGGAUUCCCCCCACGACCCUUGCAAAAUGUUCAUCGGAGGCUUGAGCUGGCAGACCACGCAAGAAGGCUUGCGGGAAUACUUUGGCCAGUUUGGCGAGGUCAAGGAGUGCCUGGUCAUGAGGGACCCGCUGACAAAGCGCUCCAGGGGCUUUGGUUUCGUCACCUUCGUGGACCAAGCCGGCGUGGACAAGGUCCUGGCCCAGUCCCGGCACGAGCUGGACUCCAAGACGAUUGACCCAAAGGUGGCAUUUCCACGCAGAGCCCAGCCCAAGAUGGUGACACGGACUAAGAAGAUUUUUGUGGGCGGCCUGUCGGUGAAUACCACUGUGGAGGAUGUGAAACAGUACUUUGAGCAGUUUGGGAAAGUGGACGAUGCCAUGCUCAUGUUCGACAAGACAACUAACAGACACAGAGGGUUUGGAUUUGUCACCUUUGAGAGUGAGGACAUUGUGGAGAAGGUUUGCGAGAUCCACUUCCAUGAGAUCAACAACAAAAUGGUGGAAUGUAAAAAAGCUCAGCCAAAGGAAGUGAUGUCCCCCACUGGCUCGGCAAGAGGUCGGUCCCGAGUGAUGCCUUACGGGAUGGACGCCUUCAUGCUUGGAAUCGGCAUGUUGGGCUACCCAGGGUUUCAGGCUGCCACCUAUGCCAGCCGGAGUUACACGGGCAUUGCCCCUGGCUAUACUUACCAGUUUCCCGAAUUCCGGGUAGAGCGGACCCCUCUCCCGAGUGCCCCAGUCCUCCCUGAGCUCACAGCCAUCCCCCUUACUGCAUAUGGACCAAUGGCGGCAGCAGCGGCAGCAGCAGCUGUGGUGCGGGGGACAGGUCUGCUUCUUCCGGCAGGUUCCACCCCGAGCCGCACUGGGGGUUUCCUGGGCACUACCAGCCCCGGGCCAAUGGCGGAACUGUAUGGGGCAGCCAAUCAGGAUUCAGGAGUCAGCAGUUACAUCAGCGCGGCAAGUCCCGCCCCAAGUACUGGCUUUGGCCACAGCCUAGGGGGACCUUUGAUUGCGACAGCUUUUACUAAUGGGUACCACUGAAGCUGAGGACCAAGAAUAA